AUGGACAAGCUCCUAAACUCAGCGACGACUCUGUGGCAACCUUCGCUGAGUUCAACUCCAGGAACAUUAUUAGUCGACCUCCUGGUGGACGAUAAAGAGUUUCUGGCUGUGGUGGAGGAAAUGCAGAGCGGAAUUCGCGAACACCGAGACAAUGGACACUCUGGAGGGAUAUUCUCUAGGUACAACAUCGUAAGGAUCCAGAAGGUCCAGAACCGGAAGCUCUGGGAGCGAUACGCUCACAGGAGACAGGAAGUCGCUGAGGAAGUCAUCGCUGCGGGACCUUGUGGCUCUCCGCCGUCGGGCUCCGGCGCUAGUAGAGCGACCCCUACUCCUGCGACGACGAUCCCUCAGGCCAAUGAGAGGAUGCUGUUCCACGGGAGUUCCUUUAUCAAUGCUAUUGUCCAGAAAGGCUUUGACGAGCGGCAUGCUUACAUUGGGGGGAUGUUUGGCGCCGGGAUUUACUUCGCGGAACACAGCAGUAAGAGCAAUCAACACUUACUACUCUGCCGAGUGACCCUAGGAAAAUCAUUCCUUCAAUUUUCCGCGAUGAAGAUGGCGCACGCGCCACCGGGUCACCACAGCGUGAUGGGCAAGCCGUCUCAAGGCGGCUUGGCCUUCCCGGAGUACGUAGUGUACCGAGGCGAGCAAGCGUACCCUGAGUAUCUGAUAACCUACCAGAUAGUCGGUCCGCAGGCGUCUAGCAGCCGCGCAGGCGCCCCGGACAGCGAGCCCGACGCCUCCAGGUGA